GCAACUCACAGAUGCAAUAUGUUUUAAUCAUAUCGAAAAUCAUCGCAUUUGUAUCGCAAUUCCAUCUGCCAACUACACACUGUACCGAAAAGGGAAACACGGAAGAUUCUACCGGUAAUAUCAGCGUCACUGGCUACAUAAAUAUCAAAAAUGAAACAUAUAGAGCCACCUGCAACUGUCCAUCCCAUAUCGAAACCCUGGAGAAUAUGGUCUACAGGAACAAAGGGCUAUGUCAACCGUCGAAGCUCAAAGUCAGAAGCCACAAUGUGAUUCCAAGCGAUAAAUAUAGUGUCAUCUAUAACAUAUUCAAACGUAUCCCUCUGGAUGAUUUCGUAGAGAUAAAGGACACACAUAUAUCCUCUAUGGAUGGAAGAAUUACGAAAAAAUCACUCUUUUCUCCAGGCGGUGAUUUGGGUUUAUUCAUACAAACGCUGUUUAUAAUGUUCAAUGGACAAGCUUCAUCAGAAGACAUGGUAACAAAUCUAAUGCGCCAAUACGUGCAAAGUAUGCCUCCAAAGUCCAAAUUCUCCCAUGCCACUGAUGAAGAUGCAAUCAGUGAUAUAUGCAAGGCUCUGCAAUGGGAUUCAAUCGAUCUAACAAACAUCAAUAGCUCUUACCAACUCCAAGUAAAGGAGCUUAUAACAAAAUACUAUGGAGAUCGGUACCUGCAAUUUCUAUCACAAGUGUAUCGCGAUAACCCAGAAAAAAAUAGUACGUUUAAAGCGCUCGGACAUGGUGCUAUAGGACUAAUUAUACACUCAGUAAACGCAUUUUACAAUAUUUUAUGGGACAAAAAUGACCAAACCUGGGAAAAGAUGAAGUUGGACAUUUUGCAUGGAGAGUUCAAACCAGAAUUCAUUGUUGAGAUAUCAGUUAGCAGGGGGUGUGAAUUGGCAGAAAAAUCACCGAUCAUCACUCCCAAAGUAGACAACAAACAAAUUUUGGUAUAUACCGAAUACGCAGCCAACAUAAAAAGAAAAAAUAUCGCAACAUUCAUAUACAAGUCUCCCGAUUUAAAAACGCGCUCGCAUACAUUUGAUGAAAUACUCCUUCAGUUGGAUAGAUAUGGUAAGUACAUUGUAAAAAAUAUAUACUCUUUUCAGCUCAUUUAUCAAUGGAAGAUUUUAGUAUGCGAAAUAUCUACAUAA